AUGGGGCCUGUUGUUAAUUCAGGAAUGGAAGAUGAGGAUACAGUAUCUAAUGGGAACGAUUUUGAUGCGUCAGGUUAUUCCAGGUACUCAGAGGAACAAAGCGACUCAACUGAUGUCUCGGUAAACAGUUCCGCACGCGAGGAUGCAGAUGUAUACGAAAAUGAUUCAAAUAGUAGUAUUCAUCUGCCGGUGACUGAGAUCCAUUUGAAAUCUCACGAGUGGUUCGGGAGUUUAAUUACAAAGCACGAGCUUCCUCGUAAAGCGUUUCACUCUUCUAUCGGGUUUGUGACAUUAUACCUUUAUAAACAUAAUAUCGAUUACAAGAAAGUAGCAUGGCCUUUGAUCGUUGCUUUCCUUGUAAUUGGAUCUUUAGAUGUGGUACGUUUGCGUGUGCGUUGGAUUAAUCACCUAUAUUGCCGCUGUGUGGGCGCAUUAAUGCGAAAAAAAGAGAUCAACACAUAUAAUGGUGUGUUGUGGUAUUUGCUAGGGUUAAUAUUCUCCUUUAGCUUCUUUUCCAAGGACAUUGCAUUGAUCUCUCUUUUCUUAUUAAGUUGGUGUGACACUGCCGCUUCAACUUUUGGUCGGAAGUACGGCCAUCUGACCCCCAAGUUAGCGAAAAACAAGUCGCUCGCUGGCUCUCUCGCCGCCUGCGUAACUGGUAUAAUCGUCUGUGCUGUAUUCUACGGUUACUAUGUUCCUGCAUAUGCUCACGUAAAUAAGCCUGGCGAGAUACUAUGGAGCCCCGCAACGAGCCGACUAAGUCUCUUGCAAAUAUCGUUACUUGGUGGAGUAGUUGCAGCACUUAGUGAGGGUAUUGAUCUAUUUAACUGGGACGACAACUUUACUAUUCCCGUUCUAUCCGCUAUAUUCAUGCGUGUUAUGAUCGCUGUAUUCGCCAUCACGCCUGCCGCCAAUCAACAGGGAAAUAACUAA